GAAGCCGGAGAGAGAGGCGGGCGGGCACCGGGGUCGGGGACUGAGGCAGUAGAAGCCGGCGACAGCCCGACAGCUGCUUCGCGCUGUUGUUUGCUUGCUGCGCGGGCUUUUGGAGGGGACGGCCGUAGAGUCGGCUGCGGAGAAGCAGGCACCGGCGGUGUCGGUGCUGGCGCCUGGGGGGCGGGGGGACCUGAGAGGCGAGAAGGGGGGUCGCUGCGGUGGUUCUCUGCCGGUGGCUCUCCUUGCCUCUCUCCCCGCUCUGUGGGCUCCUCCCGGCGUCUGCCUCGCCUCCGGGGCCCCGCUCCCCGCCCCCCGCGGUAUGUCUUGAUCCCGAGCGGCGGGUUUCAUGGGGCUCCUCAGGAUUAUGAUGCUGCCCAAGUUGCAGCUGUUGGCGGUGGUGGCCUUCACGGUGGCGAUGCUCUUCUUGGAGAACCAGAUCCAGAAACUGGAGGAGUCCCGGUCGAAGCUAGAAAGAGCAAUUGCAAGGCAUGAAGUCCGAGAAAUUGAACAACGACACACAAUGGAUGGACCUCGGCAAGACACAGCAUUAGAUGAAGAGGAUGACAUGGUGAUCAUUUAUAACAGAGUUCCCAAAACUGCAAGCACCUCAUUUACCAAUAUCGCCUAUGACCUAUGUGCAAAGAAUAAAUACCAUGUUCUUCACAUCAACACUACCAAAAACAAUCCAGUGAUGUCAUUGCAAGAUCAGGUGCGUUUUGUAAAGAAUAUAACUUCCUGGAAAGAGAUGAAACCAGUUUAUCAUGGACACAUUUCUUAUUUGGAUUUUGCAAAGUAA